CGCCCACUCGACACCAAACGGUCACUCAGAUAUGUGCGCUCACUGACUUCUUCCUGUGUUACAGCUCUGGCCUCGCCGGCAACUGUUUCGGUAGGGUGUGUUCGACUCCUUCAAGUGCUUUCUGAAACAUGGAUUUCUACCGUGAGCUUCCGGUUGUGUUCAGUGAAGAGCAUUUUCAUAGUCUUCUUUUAUGGAGUAACAGAGAAGUCUGAUUUCACUCGAAAUUUACCUUUAAGGAUUUGUCCAAGGACGAAAUACAGAAAAAUACAGAAGAUUCUCACAAUGUAAUCUCCAAUAUCUGGUGAUGACAAUGCAAGAAGUGUCAAGCCAGGUCAAUCCUGCAUCAGACUGAAGGAACUGGGCAAACGUAUUCAUCAUGAGCAACCAGGAGAAGCGUCACAGGACAACCAUGCAGCACCUCCGCUAUCUCGAUAGCUUUAUGAAUGAAAUAGACCGUGAGGUCAUGAGCCUGACGGAUCGAGCUUUCAAGAGUCUGUGCAUUGGGGACGAAGCCAUAUACAAUGACUCAGAGUUUUCCCCGUCUCCCGUCAGCUGCCACAAGCCAGUGGUGGAGGACGUCUCAAAAAAGACUCAGGAGAGUUCAUUUUCUGCCGUCAAAAAACUUAAUUCUCACCCCCUUAACGGAGCGAAUGAUUUAUUGACUGGAUCGUCCAAAGACUCUGCACUUUUUGCCGUAUUUUCAGCCAAAAAGAAUGGCGAGAGCACCAAGAUGACAAAUGGUGAUUCAUGGGACAAAUCUGCUCUUCUCAGCAUCCAAAGAGAGCUCUCUGAGUUUUCCUCAGAUUACCAGAGAUUAGCGGCGGAACAUCUUUCCCAAGCCAAGAAUCACCUAAAAUCAGAUGAAAAAGUCUCCGCCAAAAAGUCAAGCAAGGAUGCAUCGCUUCCCUCUGGAAAAUCCAACAAACUGAGCAAAAACAACAAACUGAGACAACUGAAUUCCAUCAACUUUUUCCUGCACAGUGAAUUCAGCCCGUUCUUGUCAUGGAGGGAUUUUAAUAGAUUCCCCAUUGGCCAGGAGCACAUAUCGGAGAUUAUCGUAAGCGAUAGGCCACCUGAAUGGUAUGAUUUACCUCUCUACAAAGAAUUAACUGCAGCACAUGGACACUUUAAGUUAAGUUUUCCCCCAUCAGAGGAAAAAGAAGUCGAAAAGUGUCCUAUACAAAGUGAGACUCGUUUGCUCGAACCACAGGUUGCGUCUGUACAAUCUUCAGUAGCCCCAAAGCCAGAGAAAGAGUCCAAGCACAAUAUACCUACAAAGGACCCUCCUCUUGCCUCUGAACAGAGAUGUAAUUCAGAAAGGGCAGAACCGUGCGUUCCCUGGAGAAAAAGCAGAAGUAGAGCAAAAAGUGCCGCUCCUGUGGGACAUUCCAUCAACUCCGUUUGUGAGAGGACAAGAACUGGAGAAAGGAGCGCACAGGUGUUUAAAAACGAAGUGAAGACAAUAGAGGACCAGACCUCCGCUAGUUCCACCCCUUUCAGUAUUUCACAGCUGUUGACACCAGUGAUACCCUCCAGAUAUGGGACGGGAACUUCAGACAUGCUCUCGCCCACUGCCUUUGAGGUCCCACUACUCCCGGAGAGAGAAGUGCAUCCGUCUCCUGAGAUUAGGAGGGAGGGGUACAAAUCCAUAGCGUCAAGCUUGUUGUUCAAUCUCAAAGACAAUAGAAAACGGGUUAAGACCAUGUACAGUCCACCAAAGUUUAAAGGUCUGGAUGUGGGAAAUCAAAGCAAAGAAUCCCCCCAGCCAAAAGACGGCUUUGAAAUACAACUUGAAACUAUUUCACCCGCUAGUCAAAAAGCCAUCAUCUCUCAGAUGAGUCCUUUAUUGGAAACUGCAGACACUCAAACUUGCUCUCCCGCAAAUGGCGGGAUGCCAGACGACUAUUUGGCAUUUAGUCUUCUUCAAUCUGGAACGUUAAAAUCCAACAGGAGCCCCGGAGCUAACAAGGCAACUUACCCCUCAUUACAACUUUACAGAAAAACUACUCCUGAGGAGAUCAAUAGUAGAGCAAAUGCUCAAACUGUGGUGGAAACAAGCUCACAGGUUUUCACAGAUAAAGCCAGCAAAGAUCAUGGCACAGAGCAUAGUUAUCCAAGUAAAGAGUUGCAAAGCAAAAACAAUCCCUUAGAGUCGACGCGAAAUGCCCCUAAACCCACUGUAGAAAGAUCUCUUGAAAACAAAUCUGGGAAAAGUCCAAGUGUACGUUUACCAAACCUGGAGCAGCAAGUCUUUAGCGAUGGUACUAAUCAAAUGAAAACUAGAGAACAGAAAAGCCCUGUUAAAGAGAAGGAACCACCGAGAAAGGAGACAGGAGCAAAGCAUGUCUUUUCCGCACGACAGAACAACUACAUUAAAAGUCAGAGAUUUGUGAGUACAGAUGAUGAUAAUCACAAUGAUUCUAAUGCAGAAAAAGGGACUAUAAGGGAUAGCAAGUGGUCAAGGCAUUCCAAAAAUACAAAAACAAAAGAGAAAAGACAAGAGGAGCAUAUUGCAAACAUACAUAAAGAUAAAGUAAUGGAUGGACCACUAUUGAAAGAAGGGGGUCAAGUAAGAGGAGAGGCUAACACAGCUAAAGAGCUAAUUAUGACAUCAAAGAGUGGUUUGGAAACUCAAAGAGAGCAAAAAGGAAACUCUGAAAAAAUUAAAAGAAACAUUAAAUUAUUUGCAUCAAUGGAACAGGCACCUAAUAAGACAAAUGCACCAUUAAAGAGAGAGAAUGUUGUCAUCGAUAAGUACGACCUGGCCAAAAUGGCUUUAGAGGAAGUAAUUGCUGAACGAGAGCAAAGAAAGUUGAAAAGUAAGGCUCAAGGUGGUGAGUUACCCACCAGUGGAGAGGACCAACAGUCUAGUGUGAUCAGGGAGAAAAGUGCCAAGGAUGGAAAAGGUCAGAAUACUGUAUCUGCUUUUAAAACAAAUUGGCAGACUGGUCAAACGAGGUCAGAAGACAUGGCCAAACAUGGUGAAAGUCAUGUGGCUGAGGUAAAAUUAGCCAGGCCCUGUACGCAGGAAGCAUCUAUUGGGCAGUCCCAACAAGCAGGACUUAUAAAACAUAAUGAAAGAGACAAAUUGUGCCUAGACAAUCAAGAAAGCAACACAGAUAAUACCAGCAAGGAUGGUCAAUUAUGCCAAAAGAUAGAGUUGGAAUGCACAAAAGCAGGUGAUCAUUUGAGUAGUAGUGUGGGACAGUGUGAGGAAGAGUUGGCCGUUAGUUCCUUUAAACCUGAGAUACCCCCAAGAAGAGGGAGAAGUAAUUCUCAUAAUAAUGACAGAGUUGGUGAAAAGACAGUAAGUCAUUCUGACUUUAAAAAAGAAGGGGACACUACAGUCAAAACUAAGGACAAGGAAAGUAGGGAAGUUGACAAAGUUCAGUCAAGUCAAUCAAAGAAUCGAGGCCCCAAAAGAGGAAAUGUAUUGUCUCUGAAAGAGAAAUAUGACAAAGAAAGUAAGGUGAACCUCAAGGAUGCUCAGAAAGGUACGCCCGUUGAAGAUACCAAGUCAAUGGAAGAGGGACCUAAUGAAAAGGCGCCAACAGACAAAAUGAAACAUAAAUUUAUUCCACCAAAACUCACAGUUAGUGAUCCCGAAAGUGGGACUUAUUCCAUUAUCUACAAGGAGAUGGAUUCAGAGAGUGAACGGAAGUCAAAAGAUGUCACACAAGAAGCUACACAUGAUCUCACAAACAACAUAACUGAGGAAAUGGAAGACAACAAGGUACAAACGAACGAGAAGGAAGAGGCUUCUGAAGGUCAGAAGCAGAACAAAUCCAAAGGUCCUAGUAAAAGCUAUGUAAAAGACUUCUUCAGUGGAUUUCUGUUUGGACUUUCAAGCUCAGAAAAGGGAAAACCUGUAGAUGAACAUGAGGACCUUUCUGAAACACUGUCAUCGGAGUCUUUUAAAACUGAUAAAGCCAGAAAGGACAGUAUCACAGUAUAUGAUAUCCUUGGGCAGUCUCACACUAUAUCCUCAUUGAAUGGUAAACAAACACAUCACAGCAGCCGAUCUUCAAACUCAAACUCAAGUGAGCUUUCUCCAUUUCAUGAAUCAGAACUGGGGGCAAAACCACAACCUGAAGAGUUCUUGAGUAAAGCAGACAUGAAAGAAAGAGUUGAUGGAAAGGUGAAACCAACAAUAGAUUCCUGCUCUUUAAGCAACCCUGAAAGUGAGUCUGAUGUUUCUCCACCGAAUGAUGUGGACAAAGGUGGAUGGGUGCACAACUUGAUUGAGUCAGCUAGAAGCUUAACACAAAUAUCACCCAAUCAUACUCAACUAAAAAUAGAUCAACAGCUUCCUCUGAAGAGCCACUUGAAUGAGGAAGGUCUGGACCUCUGCAAGGACUGUGUCCAUUCCCCAGUUGGAUCAGUCAAGAGCCCCACAACAAACCCACCAGCAAUGCAUUUACUGUCCCUUCCAGUUACAGUCAAAGUUGGAAGUGGCUCUGUGUCUGAAGAGGAGGAGCAGCGCUCUGCUGUGAGCACUUUAUCUGAAGGCCUGGAAAGCUAUGAAACAUGCGGAGGGGAUGCCAUGGAGGAAAAAAUUGCACCAGUAGAGGAUGAGGAGGGAUCCAAGGCACCCAGCGAGAGAUCUGCUUCAGUCUGCAGCGGAAAUGACAGUAAUGGCCAGAGCAAGCCACCUGUUGUACCUCCAAAAACCGAAAAGGCUCUCCGCCGAGCCAUGAAACUCACCACACGGAGGAUUCAAAAGGCUGAAGCUAAAAGCAAACCUGAGCGUAAAAGCAGAAGCAGUGACAAAAGUGUCAGUCACAAGACCGAGAGGAGACACCACAGCACUGAUAAAUUACUCGACAGAUCAGAAAACAGAUCGCUCAGCAGCGAUGGUAAACACAGCGAACAUCUCAAUGAACCCAAAACUCAAAGAAGCGAGAAGCCUGCUAGACACCAUAGUGGCCUCAAGAGUCAAAACAUAGAAGAGACUGAACCUAGUAAAAAACUACAACACGCAUCCAAAGACAAAGAAAGACAAACCAGUACUGAGAAACAACAAGACGGCACAGCAAACCACGGGGAUCAUUUGGGGAACGGCAUAAGUAAUGACUGUGAUCGAUUAGGUCGAAGCAAUGAAAAACGCUUGCCCAAGAAACUGGAACGUAGGACUCAAAGUUUGGAUCGAUUUCUAAGGGAAAAACACCAAAACAUGUCAAGUCGCACUGGUGGUGAAGUUAAAUCGAAUUUUUUAAUAGAGGGAUCCCAGUACUCGACUCCAAAGACAUGCAUUGAACAAACGUAUGCACCAACCACUAACCUUGUAACACAGUCCUUCCCAAUCACCCAGAGAAAGCUUUUACAGGACCCUGACUCUGGACAGUACUUUCUGGUGGAUAUCCCAGUACAGGUCAAAACGAAAACUUUCUUUGACCCGGAAACUAAAAGUUACGUGCAACUUCCGGUACAGUCUCCCGAGGCUUCCCCAAUGGAGGUGAUGAACACGCCACCACUUAUGCUGUAUCAUGGCUUUGUUCCAGUGCCUGUACCCUCACAGAAGUCUAGAAGGUCUAUGAAUCCUCCGGAUGACCUGGAAGACUUUGAAUCUAGCAGGAAACAAAUGCAGGAGGACUUUUAUCAGAUAAAUAAGGAAGAAGGAAAUCCUUACAUUGAGCCAGUGUAUAUAUCACAAGAACAUACCCCUGAGGAGGAAAUUGAUAGUGUGAGAUGACAACAUUAGAUCGAACGUGACUGAAAUCAGGGAUUUGUUUUGUGUGGUGUGAUAUGGAAAACGUUUUUUGUAGUAUGUAUGCUGUUCUUUGUUUAUAGUACACGAGACGUGGAUUGUACAUGUUUAUUUCUACUUAAAGUAUGGCAAAUACCUAAAAGCACUUGUCUUCGUAACAUGAGGUUGAGAUUUGGAUUUGCGCCUUAUUGAAAGUAGUGUUGCUUUCACAAAAAUAUUUUGAUACAUCUUGCAUUCGAGGUUUGAUAAAUACAUUAGUCCACGGUAUGUUUCGCAGCCGAAAAGUAUUGUAAAAAUGAAGAAAUUAACUUAGUUUAUGUGUUUUAUAUGCUUACAAUGGUAUGUUUGACAAAUGCUGAUGGCAUCACUUUUCAGGGUGCAUUUUUGGAAUGAAUCCAUUUCAAUGGAUUGUUGCUUCAGAAAAGAACCAUUCCAAUAAAAGCAUCAUCAAUGAGCAA